CUCGAUCACAGGAUCUGUGGGCUCUCCUGUCACCAUGGGGGACGUGGUUUCCUCUCACCUGGAUGAGAGCAGGCGGGAGAUGAUCACAGCUCGGACCAGAGAUGUGAUGAAGGAGUUCAGUGAUGUGUACGAGCAGCAGUACGCAGUCGCUCUCUUCAACAGCGUCCGCUUCGAGAUAGAAGGAGGAGGAGGAACGCAGUCACAGCUGCUUCACAGGAAGGACCCUCUGGCAGGCCGGUCAAUCUUCUCAGGGAGUCUGUUUCAGUAUCUGGAGGAGAAUCGGAAGUGGAGGAAUCGCUUUGCAUCGGUGCCAAACAGCUACACCAUCAGCCUCCAUGAGAGCAAAACAGCACACGAACGAGGCCUUCACCCGAAAGGAACCAUCAACUGUGCUGGGUACAAGGCCCUGACCUCAAUAGAGGAAUACAUGGAGCUGAUUAAUACCAGCCUGCCAGGUGUCAAGGCCAAAGUGGGCAGUAAUCCGUUCAUCAAGUGUGCGACCCAGUUCCCCCUCAUCCUGUGGCACCCGUACGCCUGCCACUACUACUUCUGUGUGAUGACUGAGAAGGAGCAGACGAAGUGGCACGCAGUGCUGCAGGACUGUGUCAGACACAGUAACAAUGGUCUGUCAGAGGACAGCACUGUUCAAACGCCAGCCUUCACUGACUCGGUGAGACUUCACAGACAAGCCAAGGGACACUACGGGACCUGGGACAUGAUGUGCGGAAAGCCCCCACAGAUUCUUGCUAAUCUGGUGAUGGAGACCCUCCAUCCGGAGAUGAGAAACGUUAUUGCACCUCGCCUGAGGGGGAAGCUGCAGCAGAGGCAGAGGCACUGGAUGUUGAUCUCCAAUGCACUGUACAGGCAGGUGUUGUCUCAGACCACCGGCCAGUAUGAAGCACUGGUCAAAGGCUGUGAGGCCCAGAGAGCUCCGCUGGACGCCAGACUGCGAACCGACAUGGACCAGAUCAUCACGUCCAAGGAGCAUGUCAGCAGCAAGAUGCGAGCUCUGGUGUUGCCCAAGGCGGAGCAGGUCCUUCGGACGAACGUCCAGCCCUACAUCAGCUCCAUCCUGGAGGCCCUGAUGGAGCCCACCAGCCGGGGUUUCUCCGAGGUCAGGGAGAUUUUCUACAGGGAGCUGGUGGAGAUCAGCAAGAACUCGCUCAACGGAGGGGGGAAAGACAAACUGGGAGAUCACAUGGAGAGGCUGUCCAUGCUCGCCCUCCACCCGGUAAAGAUGCAGAGCUGCUAUGAGAAGGUGGAGCAGCUCAAUCUGGAGGGGCUGCAGCAAAGGUUCGAAGUGGCCAACCCCUCGGUGUUCGUCAACAGGGCUCAGAUCCUCAUGGGGGAGCAAAUGGACAAUGCAGUUUACACAUUUGAGCAGCUGCUCAACCAGUCUUUAGAGACCCAGGGAGAAGAUGACAUGUGCAAGACCAUCCAGCGAUGCCAGGACAGGGUUCUCAAGAAAUAUGAUUAUGACAGCAGCACAGUGCGCAAGAAGUUCUUCAGAGAGGCUCUGCUGCAGAUCAUCAUCCCAUACAUGCUGCAGCAACUCUCGCCAUCCUUCAAACCUGAGCUGCUUCGCUUCAAAGAGCUGAUCUUCGAGGACUUCUCCCGCUUCCUAUUGGUGGAAAAUAUGUUUGAGGAGAUUGUGCUGCAGUCGGUCUCCAAGGAUAUAAUGAUGGCUGUGAAGGAGGCAGCCGUCCAGAGGAGACACAACCUCUACAGGGACAGCAUCAUUCUGACCAACAGCGACCCCAACCUGCACCUGCUCGGAGAAACCCCUCAGGUAGACUGGUCUGCUAAAUUCGGGGGCGAUGAGCCGGAGGGCUCCGUUGGUGGCGGCAGACCUGAAGGAGGGGGUUCUGGGAGCAGACGCAGGCAGGUGGUGUCCAUGAUCCAGCUGGACGGGUUGCCUCUGCCCUUCGAGUCCUGCCUGGAGGUCCCAGGUGUGGAGCUCAUCCCUGAGGAGGACGGCGAGGUGUCUGAGGGCAUGGAGGAGGACCGAGGGGAGGAUGAGGAGGAUCUAGGCCUGCAGGAGGGACCCAAGUCUCCCGACAGCGUAACUGGAAUCAGAGACCUGAUUAAUCCAGUGGUGCAGGUGGCGCUUCCCGUGACGGAGGAGAUCCAGAGCGACAUGACCAACGGGACGGAGCCGACCACGGGCACCCUCACCUGGGAGGAUGGGGUUCAGGAGGAUGUGACACAUGUCACCACCAUGGUGGAGGACGUCCCCAGGAAAUCUCUGCGGGACAAGAUGUCCACGCAGACAAUCGUCCAGCAGCUGGUAGGAAGCAUGAAGCAGGAAGCCAAUGAGGAGCGCCAGGAGGAAGCAGCCAUCAAGAGCGCCAUCGAGGAAAUAGAGAUGGCGGUGCAGGAAGAUGACAGCGAAAGGAUUGCUGAGAUCUCUGCAACAGAAUCAGAUAAUGAGUCGUCGCCAGCGCCAGCACCAGCACCAGCACCAGCACCGGCUUCAGACUCCAGCUCGCACAACGACAGUGGCUUCCAGUCACCGACCAAUGUGGGGCUGGAUGAAGGUGAGCCUCAGCCAAUCACAAACGGUCUGAGUGUGGAGGACAAAAUCAUCGACCCGGUAGAGGUGGAAGUGAUUUUGGCGUAGGAAGACAAUCC